CGAUCAACAAGGCUCCAUGGAUUCAGCAGCACCUUGCCUCGAUGUCGCAGCAAAAAACUCGAGUAGAAAUUGAACGGCCAACUGUCAAGCACGCCGACACCAGAGCCCCUCACAUUUCCAUAUUCCGGAAUCAAAGCACACAGAGUUACUGGCACAGUGAGCAAGACCCACGGCCGACCGGACCUCUACGGAAGUUGCAGCUCAGUCUCCUUCCGCACCCAAUGCCCGCUAUCUUGCAGAACCCACCGGAGUUUCUGAAGCAAGCCCCUGACUUCUCCCAGCAACCACCAUAUCACGAGCAACUGGGCAUGACGAGGACAAUAGCAAUUUCUCCGCUAAACAAAUUCAAGUCCCGUUCGAAUUCGUCCCGUCCAUCUCACUCGGAUUCAUCGCAUCAGACCGCGCAAAGUCGGCAAGCUAGAAUCGGCACGGGGCCCAGCCCGAACAAGUCUUUAUCCUCUUCAAACCUGCCCUGCUCAGAUCCUCUUUCCAUUUUACAGCAAGCGUCACUUGACAAGCAAACGGGCAUGAUGGGUGCCACAGCGCAUUCGCGACUAAACAAAAGCAGGUCUGCGUCGAAUCAGGCCCGUCCACCUGCAGAUUCUCAGCAGAACCAGACCGGUAUAACUCAGCAACUGUUUCAAAAUUCGCAAGCCGGAGUCGGUAAAGAAGCAAGUCAUCAGCCUGACAGAUCCAGGUGCUCCUCCGCAAGCCAGCCGCAUCCUUUCCCCGGUUUCCUGAAAGACGCCCCUGAGCUAUUUGAACCGCCGUCUCAAACCCAGCAACCAGGCCCAAGCACGAAGGCAAGUCUGAGGGAUCUCAAAUUCAGCUCCCAGUCGACCCCCGCGGUUGCAGAGACAAGACCAGUCACGCCGACCGCCGACGGCGACGAACUUCCCAAAUCGCACUGGAGCGAUUCGGACUCUGACGACUCUCCGAAGUUAACUCGGAUACAGCGGAUGAGAAGGGCAAUCAGCUUUGCCAAGUUGCGGCCCAAGAAAUCUCAAGCGUUACAGGCACAGGGUGUCGAUCAAGCCGGCACAUCCUCAUCUUCGAUCGGGAAACGCACGUCAGGGUCGCAGGACGCGAAGCAACAGCAAGGGUAGUAACUGAUGGAAAGCCGUUUGCUCCGUUCGUCCUGGGACAGGUUAUAGACGGAAACUUUGCGCUGUCUCCCACUGUAUCGUCCACUCUCCAGCGGAGAAGACGCUGGCCCCUGGUAGUCUUAGUAGUGCAUUGGCAAACGGGGAGUAUGACGGGUGUGGAAGAGCACAGGUGCAAAGGGAGGUACAUGACGUAACAGACCUACUGGCAGGAUCCGAAAGGAAGAUAGAUGACUUUGCCAAAUGAAAACAAAUGCCUAUAGCAUCCACCGUAUGCAUGACAGGGCGAUCAUAACUCUGUGGCAGGACAGAUUUGAGGCUGUCCAAUGCACAAUCGUGAAGUGUCGGUCGAUGUUGGCCGAUGUUGAAGGCUACG